AUGCCGACGUCGGCGCCGGCGGGGAAUGUGGUGGAGGCGCAGAAGGCAGAUAGGCAGGCUCUCAAGAAUCAGAUGAAGACCCUCCUCGGCAGCGUCGACGGGUCGAUCAUGCUCGAUCGCUUCUGGGAGAAGUUCGACGCAGGGCCGUUGCAUUUACAGUGGUUUCUGGACGAGGCAUGCACGAAGCCGUCUAUUGUCCCUUCGCCGCACAACAGGCCGAUUUCCGAGACAGUGGUGGAGGAGUACAAGUGCAGGAUUUUGAACUCUGGCCUGUCGACCGGCACCAGGGCUUUCGCUUGCACGUAUAACCAUCUCAGCCAGGCUUUCUACCGAGCACAUGAAGAGCAACCAAAUAAUAUUUUUGUUCAGGCUGCGUUGAAGAACGGCUUGAAGUGCCGCAUGAUCAACGAGGAGGCUCCAGAUUUUUCUCUUUCAUGGAUAUGUGACUUUCACAAUCAUUAUCAUGGAGGGUCCAAGCCGACGUUUUGGCAGGCCAUUCACAAGGCCCUCGCGUGGGAAUCCCGCUGGCAUGCGUAUUGUCACAAAUGGGGAAUCGUUGCAACUGGUAACCCUUCAUAUGAGCUGCAGUACGAAGAGUUCGUCACGGAAAUCAUUGAUGGAGAGAAGGACAGCCCGAUCAAAAUGGUAUCUUGGAGACACUUUGUGAACACGAAGUCCGUUGCACACAAAUGGGAGAACUUUGGAGUGUUCGAAGCCUUCGAGAAGUGGUGCAUCAAGCACGUCAACUUCUUGAAUGAUGACCUGAACUCUUUCCAAGCAAUCAACGUGCUGCACGCGUGGACGCUCAAGGUCGUCGGCGUGCUUGGGAAGUUCUACUCGAAGGAGAUCGUGGGUGCCAUGCUGUUGGAGGGCCUGAAACUGUGUGUCCCAAUGCCCGAGCGCAAGGAUGGCCAGAAGCUGAGAGACAUGCAGCGCAAGCUGCCGUGGUUGUUCAAGCAGCUGGGCCAGCACACGCUCAACAUGUUCGACUUGCUGAACACGCCCAUUGCAGGGACCACCGCCGGCAGGAAAGUGGCCUCGGCGCGGUCUCAGGCGGACAACGGUGAGCCUGCCCUUCCUGCUGGCGUGGUGUGCCUGGCCGAGGAGCUCGUGGCGAUCGUCACUCCGCUCACUGGGAACGCUGCAGUUGGCCGCCCGGCCACGGUCCUCGACGACGUGAUUCAUGCCGUCGAGCACUCACUCGGGAAGGAUCAUGAUGAGAAGGUCGCUUGGAGGACGCGCUGCGAGGCCUACUCGAUCUUCCUGCAGUUCUGUUUCGCCGAGGAGGUCUCGAUGAACGGCAAGGCGUUCAAGAUCUACUCCAAGCUCCGCGAAGAUCUGCAAUCGAUGGUGUCGCUUGCUACCAGGCGCGCUACUGGAACUUUCGGCACGACUGACUGUGACAACAAGUCAUCUGAAGACGACCCCGACGCCGUGGCACAGCGCAUACUCGACAUCUGUCUCAAGCCAGUCGAGAUCACGAUUGGAGACGACAUUGAGCACGAAGACGACGUGUCCAGCGCCGACGCGGAGAGGAUGUUCGAGGCCCAGGAGAUCGAGAUCCGCACAUUUUUGAACGAGAACGCCAACACGCAUCCCACGUUGCAGAAGAAUUGCAGUGACAUGGCGCGCGAGCUCUCCAUGCUUGGGUACGAGAUGGACAUCCAGUAUGCUUGCGUGGCCAUCGGCAACGUGAUGGAUAAGUACCUUCCCUGUAAGAUGAUCGAGUCGGUUGCUGCAAUUUCGGUCAUAGCUAGUCGGCUUGGCCGCGUCCCUGCGUUUGCUGAGGCUGUUUUCCCGAACGCUGAGUCGCUCGAGAGCUUCAUCAGUACUCGCGUGAUGUAUACCUUGCACGGAGUCAAGACUCUGGCAGAGUUCGGGAAGUUGAAGGCGGACGACCAGGCCAACCCAAUGCUCAAACUCUUGCAGCAGCACUUCAUUAUCAAGAAGGACGCCUUGUCGAUGUUGCCGAUGCGCCUGCUCUGUGGAAUUGAGGCGUCUGCAUCUUCCACAAAUUGGCCCAGUGACUGGGUCGGGAUUUGGCAGCACGUGUUCAAGCUGGAGACGGAGGAGGCCCUCACUGAGUAUUGUCAGGAUUUUGUCAACGGCAAGAGCGCUGCGAAGAGGCCUGAGAGCUCGGGCGCAGGCGCCGUUGACGCGGCGGAGGCGGAGGCGGAGGCGAAGGACGAUGGCACGACGGCCGCGGCUGGCGAUUGCGACACGCUCGCCCCGAACCCGGACCAGCAGCAGCCGCCCGCAGCAGAGCAGGCCGAGCAGACGCAGACGCAGACGGUCGCCUCGAAGAAAGUCUACUUUAAGAUGUCAGACGUCCACAACUUCAGCAAGAUGGGCGCGUCGCCGAAUGAUUCCGAGGACGCCAAGCAGCUCAAGAUCGCCAACGUCGACGGCCUCCUGAUCAAGAGUAUCGAGACAUCGCUCAAUCACUACUUGUGGGUCCGGUACCGCACGCAUGGUUGCAUGUACGGGAAGUCGGCGUACGUCACGUCGGGGCCGAAGGUCGAGGAGAUCUUCACGCCGAUCGAGCCGGAUGGGCCUUGCACAGGUUUCCAGUCCUUGAUCUUCGACGUGGAUGCCGAGAAGAAGGCUAACACGUUAUAUUUUGUCGUUCCUCACUCCGACGGGCUCGGCGACGGCGUGAAGCAGUGCUCCAUCAUGUACGCUGGCACUGUCAGCACGACUAUGAAAGACGCGAGCUCGUUCUUGCUGGCGACUGUCUUCGGGGUCAAUUUCUACCUGAACCACCCGGGCGGCAGUAUGGUCGCCGCGGACUUCCCCGCUUUCGCGUGGCACGUGAAGGCGGAGGCGAAGGCGGACAAGGCCACGCUCUACAACGUCAGCGACGAGGUCGAGGUGUACAUGGACGUGGACGGCUACCUCUUCGACGAUCGCGAAGAG